UGGUGGCCAUCUUUGAUGCGCGAAGUGAUUGUUUGUCGAAUAGAAAUAGUAAGAAAUAAAAAUAAAGCCUGAAAAGUUGGGAAAUUGUGGUUGGAACUAAAGGUGAAAUAAAGAGGGAAAGUGAAACUCAGGAAAAUCAGUGAAAGAAGGCAUGAAGACAGCAUCCUAGUUAAGUCAUGGCUGAUAAAAGAAAAUUACAAGGUGAAAUCGAUCGAUGUCUAAAAAAAGUAGCAGAAGGAGUGGAGCAGUUUGAGGACAUCUGGCAAAAGCUUCACAAUGCAGCCAAUGCCAACCAAAAAGAGAAAUAUGAGGCUGACCUCAAGAAAGAGAUAAAAAAAUUACAGCGCCUUCGAGACCAGAUUAAGACGUGGGUGGCCUCCAACGAAAUCAAAGACAAACGGCAGCUGGUAGAAAACCGUAAACUUAUAGAGACGCAAAUGGAGCGCUUUAAAAUCGUGGAGCGGGAAACAAAAACAAAAGCAUACUCUAAAGAGGGACUCGGUCUUGCCCAGAAAGUAGACCCUGCCCAGAAAGAAAAAGAAGAGGUUGGACAGUGGCUUACGACGACAAUAGACACCCUUAACAUGCAGGUGGACCAGUUUGAGAGUGAGGUGGAAUCACUCUCAGUACAGACAAGGAAGAAGAAAGGGGAUAAAGAGAAGCAGGACCGGAUAGAGGAGCUGAAGAGGUUAAUUGAGCGUCACCGCUACCACAUCCGCAUGCUGGAGACCAUUCUGAGAAUGCUGGACAAUGACUCCGUGCAGGUGGAGGCCAUACGCAAGAUCAAAGAUGAUGUGGAGUACUAUCUAGAUUCCUCUCAGGAACCUGACUUUGAGGAGAAUGAGUUCCUUUAUGACGACCUGGAUCUAGAGGAUAUAUCCCAGCCGUUAGUCGCUACAUCUCCACCAACACACAUAGAGGAUGACAUCUUCCAGCACUCCAGUUCCACGCCGACCUCCACCACUUCGUCUUCCCCAAUCCCUCCAUCCCCUGCCACUUGCACUACGAAUUCGGAGGAUGACAAGAAACGAGGGCGUUCCACAGACAGUGAAUUCAGCCAGUCUCCUGUGAAGAAUGGCAACCCUUCGUCCCUAUCCUCCCCAUCCUCCUCAUCCUUGGGAGCCUCCUCAACCUCAGUAGUAUCUAUGGCAACCAGCAGCAGCAGCUCAGUGACCGGGUGCAACAGUCUCCUAGGCAACAUGGGUGGCCUGCAUCAGAACUCUUGCAGCUACAGCUCUGCCAUCCAGCAGCAAACCCAGCAGGCUCAGCAACAGCCUAAGAAUGCCAUCAACUCACAAUCCAGCACCACUCCUGUGCCCUCUAAUUGUGUUCUUCUGCCCACCUCCACCUCAGCAUCCUCUUCUCCCAAUACCAGCAUGGCCAGCUGCCAACCGCAGCCUCCACUGGGGCCUUCUCCAGCCUCUGGUUUGGGCCAGGGUCUGGGGUUGGGCCUGGGGAAGGGUGGUGUGACAGCAAACAGCAACGUUGGCCAGAUUCCAAACCUCAGCCUUUCAGGGAUGUCGGCAUCCAUGAACAGCAUGGUGGGGCUCUUACGAGGGUCCACCCCUGCACCUUACGCCCAGGCGGCAGCCACUGGCACAGCAGCCAGUGGUUUGCCUGGGUCAGCCGGGCCCAAUGCUAGCAGCACAAACUCUAGUGAAGCACUAACGCUGGCAGGAACCAAUGGAGGCGUCGCCUCUGCAGGUCUUCUUGGCUCAUCACCCAGCAUCACAAGCAUCAGUGGUGGGAUCUUGGGUCUCAGUUCUACACAAACUCCUGUGCAGCCCUCGUCCUUGGUGACCCCCAGCCCUGUGGGAGGAGGCCACAUACAGGGGAGCACUGUGGGUGUUAUCGGGUGCAAUGGUGGCAAUUCCGGGACAGGAAGCACUGGGCUGCCACGACCACCUAGUGGACAGAAACAGAACGGCGGCACAACCUAUAGUGCCAUAGUAGCAGAUAGCACAUCAGACUCCUCCCUCAGCAGUGCCAGCCAAUCACAGAACAGCCAAGCCUCAACCUUAAAUUCCACAAACAGUCUGCCUAAGGACGGUGGAUCCAGCCUUUUGGGAUCGAUGGCUCUCCCUCCCAGCUCCCCCUCGCCCUCCUACAGUGAGGCUAAACCCAGUGGGAGCAGUAUACUCAAUGGCCCUCACUCCUAUACACAAGCUACCGAUGCCAUCAAGUCUCAGGAGCCAUUGAGUUCUCUGAAGUCGAUGGCAGAGAGGGCAGCCCAGGGCUCAGGGUUAGAGGGUGAACUCUCUGCACUACAUCUCACUGGAGAUAUCUUCCCUGGAUCUGCAGCCCCCUCAGGUCCUCCUGUGGCUCCCCAGUCUUCUCUGUCGGAGGUGAACAUCCCUCCAUCACUAGGAGUUUGUCCCCUGGGCCCCACACCUCUCUCCAAAGAGCAGCUAUACCAGCAAGCCAUGCAGGAGUCAGCCUGGACACACAUGCCCCACCCAUCCGACUCUGAGAGGAUCAGGCAGUACCUGAUGAGGAACCCCUGUCCCACAUUGCCUUUCCACCACCAGGUGCCACCACCGCACUCAGACUCUGUGGAGUUCUACCAGAGAUUGUCUACAGAGACCCUCUUCUUCAUCUUUUACUACCUAGAGGGGACAAAAGCGCAGUAUCUGGCAGCCAAGGCCUUGAAAAAACAGUCAUGGAGGUUCCACACAAAGUACAUGAUGUGGUUUCAGAGGCACGAAGAGCCCAAGACCAUAACUGAUGAGUUUGAGCAGGGGACAUACAUUUAUUUUGACUAUGAGAAGUGGGGUCAGAGGAAAAAAGAAGGCUUUACAUUUGAGUACAGGUACCUUGAGGACCGGGACCUCCAGUGACAGAUGGACAAUAAGAACUGCAGACUACUGUUGACAUUCCUGGACUGAAUCUACCCUCUCACAUGCUGGUGAGGUGACUCAGAUGCUUUUUGCGAGGAUGUUGUAUGUCUCAUUGGUGCAUAUGUCCUUUGGAGCUUCUCUCACUACCUGCAAACUUCACCUGCCCAGUACCAAACCAGUCUGCUUAUGGUAAAAUGUUCAGCCUCACAUUUUGACUUGGACACUUAUCGUUUGUUGCCUUGUUUUAGUAGCCACAUAAAAAAAAACCUUUACUGAACAUUAUUGAGCCAAAGAAAAAUGUAGUCCAGCAGAAGCUGACAAAUAAAGCCGUCAGAUAGUGUUACUGAUAGUGUUUCUAGUGGCAUGUUGUGCACAAGCCAGUAUCAAAUAUCAGAGUUUUUAGCACAACAGAAUAAAGAACUGUGAAAGACCAAAUUCAACCCAUCUUUCUAAACGCCACUCUUAUAAUUUUACAUUUCUAAAUCAUUUUACAGCUGGAUCAACUAGCCUCCUUUUACCACAACAGCCAUCAUUAAUUUUAUACCCUCUACCAUAUUAUGUUAAGCAUUUUUUAAAAGACGUUUUUAAAACUUAUGGGUUGAUUACAACCCAUAAUCACACUGUACAUUCUAGUUUAACUGUUACUAUCUUGGCCCAAAUCUUACAAAAGAUAAUGACUGAAACAGUUAAAUGGAACAUGAACAGCACCAGCAGUAAAAAAUGUCAUAGGGUUGUUCACAUACGUCAGAAACAUUGAAGACCAGCUCCAAUUGGCUGUGUACCCCAUCGCAUGACAUUACAGAAACACCAUACUCAGCCUUUAUUUAGGCCGACAAAGGAGGAAAAGUUAAUCUUUGAAGGAUCAAUGAAAGCAUGCAGGCAAUAUGAGUAAAAAAACCCCAACAUUUUAUAUAUAUAUAUAUAUAUUUUACACACCUCUCACCUGUUAUGGACAUUCAAAAAUAAAACCGAAGCAUCACUUCAGUCUUUGUAGGGGCUUGUUUAGUCCCCACUGCUUUCCUCCUUAUCUGUAUGCAAACAAAUUCAUUUCACAAAACCUCUAUGAAAUUCUCCAAUUUUUGGAGUGCCAUCUCAAAUUAACCCCAUGUAUACUGGCCAUUUUGGACAUGAUGACUAU